AUGCAGAACGAGGACAAAAAGAUAGUUGAUCUUUACAUCCCAAGAAAAUGCUCUGCAACCAACAGACUUGUCGGACCUAGCGAUUAUUCAAGCGUUCAAUUAAACAUAGCUGAUGUGAACGAAGAUGGAGUCGCCCUCAAGACAAACCAAACGUUUUGCAUCUCAGGAAGAGUCAGAAGACAAGGAUUCGCUGAUGGAUGUCUUAACAGACUUUUCAAAGAGAAAGGACUUUUAACUUUCGCUAAGUAG